AUGAAGGAAGCACUCCAUUUUCCCGUGAUGCGAAUAGCUGGAACUGGAUCGAGUGGAAAAGCAUCUGUUAUCAAUUGGGGCAUGAAGGCGAUUUUGCUCGUAGAAAAAAACUACCCAAUGCUACCCGUAGAGAAUUUAUUCAUCUCAUUCUAUGAGUCAGAAGCAAGAAGGAGCCCAGAAGCAAAGGCAGAGCCAAAGCUUCUCAAAGAAAGACAAAACAGAGUGAGCAAAUCCUAG